AUGGGCACCUCCAUUCUACAAAAGAUCGUCAAGAACGAUGCGAUGAAACAGGACCCCCCCGAGAUCUACGGAUGGAGGGCUUAUGCUCUCGCGUGUUCUGCCUGCUUUGGUGGCCUCAUCUUCGGUAUCGACACCGGUGUCAUUGGCGGUGUCCUCCGUAUGGAGGAGUUUCAAGAGCUCUACAAUCUCACAGACAUGUCCCGCGUCGACCGUGCCAACCUCAGUGCCAACAUUGUCUCUACUCUGCAAGCUGGUUGCUUCGUUGGUGCUCUCCUUGCAGCACAAGCUGCCGAUAGAUACGGCCGUCGUCCUGUCCUCAUUUGGGCCGCUGGUGGUAUCUCCGUAAUCGGCGUUGUUCUUCAGGCUGCUGCUUCUGGUCACUUGGCGGCUAUGUAUGUCGGCAGAUUCAUUUCCGGAUUCGGUACUGGCUUCGCUUCUAUGGUCAACCCCCUAUACGUCGCCGAAAACGCCCCUCGAGCUAUCCGCGGUGGUCUUACUGGCAUCUACCAACUGUUCAUCGUCUUUGGCAUUUUCCUGAGCUACUGGAUCAAUUUCGCCUGUCAACAGCACGUCAGAGGCACCGCUCGCUACAUGGUUCCUCUCGUCAUUCAGGGCAUCCCUCCACUUCUACUCAUGAUCUCCAUGUUUCUCUGCAACGAGUCACCUCGCCACCUCGCCAAGCAGGACAAGUGGGAGGAGGCUCUCAACGUCCUUUCCGGCAUCCGUGCUUUGCCUCCUGACCAUCCUUACGUGGCUGCCGAGUUCGCCGAGAUCAGGGCUGCCAUCGAAGAGGAAAACGCCAUUCUUAACGGUGCCACCUGGAUGAGCUUGCAAAGAGAGAUGUGGCUCGUCCCUUCCAACCGCAAGCGGGCAAUCAUUUCUAUUUUGCUCAUGUUUUUCCAGCAAAUGACUGGUACCAACGCUAUCAACUACUAUGCGCCUCAAAUCUUUGCCAGUCUUGGAGUCCGAGGCACCCAGAACGAGCUCUUUGCUACCGGUAUUUACGGACUAGUGAAGCUCAUCGCAGUCGCCGUCUUCCUCGUUUUUGUCGCCGACUCCCUUGGUCGCCGCAAAUCCCUUCUUUGGACAGGCAUAGGCCAGGGUUCGACCAUGCUUUACAUUGGCAUCUUCAUCGCAGUGGCGAGGCCUCAAGAUUCGGAAGAUGCCCAGGUGACUGCCGCCGGCUACAUUGCCCUCAUUUGCGUUUUCCUAUUCGCCUGCAUGUUCCAGUUUGGCUGGGGACCUUGCUGUUGGAUCUAUGUUUCCGAGAUUGCCACCACUCGUCUGCGUGCCACCAACGUCUCCUUCGCCGCUGCGACGCAAUGGCUAUUCAACUUCGUCAUCUCCAAGUCUGUCCCUCCGAUGCUGGAGACUCUGGGUACAGGCGGCUACGGUACCUACAUCUUCUUCUGCGUCUGGUGUUUUUCCAUGACCAUCUUCGUCUGGUUCUUCAUCCCCGAGACCAAAGGACUUUCGUUGGAAGGCAUGAACGACCUUUUUGGUUUCAAGGACGAUGUUCAACAGAAGCAUGCCGACAUUGAGAGCUCGUCGGUGAACAUGGAGAAGUCAAACGGCAACGUCACUCAGCUCGAGGACACAGUCAGCCCCCCAGCCAAGUCCUAG